AUGCUUGAUUUAUCUUCUUUAAUUAGCUUUUUCGUGUUAGGAACUAUAGUAUGGGUCAUUUAUAAAAUAUAUAUUUGGCCAAUUUAUAUUACUCCUUUAAGAAAAAUUCCUGGUCCAUCAUCUGAAAAUCCAUUUUACGGAAACCUUAGAACAUUUUUGUUAGAAGAGAAUCCAGAUCUUAAAUGGAUACAAAAAUAUGGAAAUAUUGUAAAAUAUCAUGGAUUAUUUAAUCAGCCAACCCUCGUUAUCGCAGAUACGAAAUUAAUUCAAGAAAUAACAUUAAAUCAUGUUUAUGAUUAUAUAACACCUCCUAAAAUGCUGGCUGAUGGUAUUGCAAUUGCUGGUAGAGGUCUUGUAUUUGCGGAAGGAGAAGAUCAUAAAAGGCAGAGAAAAAUGAUGAAUCCAGCUUUCACUCAUAAUAACGUCAAAGUAAUUUAUACUUUAUUUAAACCUAGGAGAACUGAAUCUAAUAUUAAUCUUACUCCUUAUAUCUCAAAAGCUACCUUAGAUGUCAUUGGAAUAGUCGGAUUUAAUUACGAAUUUAAUUCAUUAACGUCUCCAAAUGAAUUAGCAAAGGCUUAUGAUUCUGUUACAAAUGUCCCACAACCUGCUUUACGCUUUGCCAUUAGUUUAUUAUCAAAUUAUGUGCCAUAUAUCAGAAAUAUUCCAAUAGACAUGAAUAGGAAAUUUAAAAGUGCAUGCGAAGUUAUUGACCGCGUAUCAAAGAAAUUGAUCAAAGAAAAAUAUAAUAAAGCCGAAAAAGGAGAAUUGAAAGGAAAAGAUUUGUUAUCUUUAUUAAUUAAUAUUAAUAAAACAUUACCCAUUGAAGAAAAAAUGACUGACGAAGAAUUAAAAUAUCAGAUUAUGACUUUUUUAGUUGCAGGACACGAAACAACAAGUAUAUCAACAUGUUGGACUUUAUAUUUCCUCGCACAUCAUACACAUGAGCAAGACUUAUUGCGUGAAGAAUUAGUUAAAGCCUUUCCUGAUAAAUCGAAUUUUAAUCCUACAUUUGAUGAAAUUAAUUCUUUGGAGUAUUUAAGUUGCUUAGUUAAAGAAACUUUAAGAUUAAAUUCUCCAGUAUCUCUUACUACCCGGACUAAUAUUAAGGAUAAAGUUUUUGGAGAUUAUGUAAUUCCAAAGGAUACUGUGAUUAUGGUUGCAAUUUCAGCGCUUCAUAAGUUACCUGAAAUUUGGGGCCCAACAGCUGCUGAAUUUGAUCCAAAAAGAUGGUUGGAUCCUUCAUUAACUAAAAAUGUAUCAAAUCUAAAUUAUUUACCUUUCCUUACUGGUACAAGAGCUUGUAUAGGCAACAAAGUAGCUUUAACCGAAUUUAAAGUAUUAUUAAGUAUGUUAAUUAGAAACUUCGUUUUUCAACAAAUAGAAGGAUUCCAAUUCAAAAAAAGAACUCUUACUGUGAAUAAACCUCACCCAUAUCUUGGAUUACUAGCUGUUUCUAAAGUUGAAGGUUGA